AUGGGUUCGGUCUUUAAGAAGCUCUGCUGCUGCUGCUGCGCUGGGGACGACGACGAUGAUGAUGAUGAAAAACAGCCUUUAUUACCCCAGGAUCCGUUGGAGUAUUUUAACCAGGAAGUCCAGAAGCGUCGUGAUGAGGAGACAAACCUGUGGAGUGAGCCAGGCGACCGGAGCCACUCUGAGAGACCAGACGACCGGGUCCUUUACACCCUGCUGCAGGCCAGGACCAAGACCCGCAUGGGAUCCACGGGCUAUCGCCGGCUAAGUGUUGACAUUGAGGCCAUGAGAGAUACCCGUCGAGAAGUCAGAGAGAAAUGGAAGACCAUCCUGGAGAACUUGGGUUUCAUGGCAGAGGCAGACUCACUGCUGAAUGUGUCUGCUGGAGCCUCACAUGACCGUAUGCGUAAUGCCCCAGCAGCACGUGACCUGCUGCAUACGCUCCACACUGAGACGUCAGUCUUUUACAGCAGAGAGCCACCUCCAGAAAGAUAUCUACUAAUCCUGGAUCGUCUCCUGUAUCUCGAUAUAGCUGAAGAUUUUUUGGCAAAGGCAAAGCGCUUCUAUCCUCCAAAUGAGGAUUCCGACGAGGAGGCGCCGGGCCUUGCCAUAAACCUGCCACUGCUGAUGGCCAGGGUAGAGGCCAUGAACGGAAGAGCCACUGAAGAAGAUGAGAGCGAGAGAGACGAUUGA